AUGACCACCACCACUGCUGAGCAAGCAUCCGAAACUUGGUGCCCGGCUCAUAGAGUACCGGAAUCGCGCCAUCGCACAUACUCUCUCGCCAGCCAUGCCCACCGUACGCAACGCCCGUCUGCUCUUCAACUCCGUCCCGAAUGGCACGUCCCUCUAUUCUCUCUCCGUCGUUGGGCUGAUGAAUUGGAAGACUACCCCAUUCCGGGAGAGACCACUGUCUAUGACGAGACGGAGCAAAUCGAUCUCGACACGAUCCCGCUGAAUGGCGGCCUCUUGGCCAAGGUAUUGGUCCUGUCCGUCGACCCCUACCUUCGCGGCAGGAUGCGCUCGCCAGAGAAAAAGUCGUACAAUCUUCCAUUCACGCUCGGAGAGCCAAUUGUUGGAUAUGGGAUCGCGGUGGUAUUGCGCUCGGAAACUGAAGAGGUCAAACCCGGGCAGUACGUCCAGGGCCCCAUUGUCCCUUUCCAAGAAUACGCCGUCUUCCCAUCGCUCACUUCACUGGUCAUCGUGGACAAGCACCCCCAGCUCCCCCUUUCGGUUUACAUCGGCGCGGCAGGCAUGCCCGGACAAACCGCAUAUGCCGGUUGGAAAGAGCAUUCUGAAGUGAAGCCGGGUGAAGUCGUCUUCGUUUCCACAGGUGCUGGACCCGUUGGGUCCUUUGUCAUUCAACUUGCGAAAGCUGCCGGCGCAAAGGUCAUUGCGUCCGCUGGCUCGGAAGAGAAGGUCGCAUUCAUCAAGUCCCUUGGGGCAGACUUCGCGUUCAACUACAAGACAACAGACACGAAGGAGGUCCUGGCAAAAGAGGGCCCGAUUGACAUAUACUGGGACAAUGUCGGCGGGGAGAUUCUGGACGCGGCGAUUGACGCGGCCGCUGUGAAUGCCCGUUUUAUCGUGCGUGUUUUGGUGCGUCUCUCUGUGGCUCGAUUGCGGGGUAUAACACCGGCCAGACCCCCAUCAAGGCGCGUUCUCUCUCUCUCUCUCUCUUGCCCGAUUUUCAUGUCCUCUUCCAAACAGAACCUCGCGCAGGUCGUUGCGAAGACGCUGCAUAUCCACGGUAUCCUCGUGUUCCGCCUAUUCCACAAGUAUGCGAAGGACUUCUACGCGGAGGUGCCCGCGAAGCUCGUCAGCGGGGAGAUUAAGUACACAGAGGAGAUAACGAAGGGGCUGGACAAGGCGGGGCACGUCAUACUCGCGGUUCAGAAGGGGGAAAACAAGGCGAAGGCAGUGGUGCUUGUCGCUGAGGAGUGA